AUGGCAGAACGACGGCAAGUAGAUCGUAAGUUAACUUUUUUUAGAUUUGGUUGUUUUAGGUAAUAUUAUAAAAGAAAGUAUCUUCUACUACGAUUUGAUAAAAGAAUAUUUUUUAGCGGAUGAAUUAUUAGAGUUGAUAGAAUGUUUGCCACUUGAAUUUGUUGAAUAUGCAUUUGCUUACGGGUCUGGAGCUAUUCAACAGCAAGAUGAGAAGAAGGAGGACAAGAUGGUUGACUUUAUUAUAGUUACCAAAGACACACAACACUUUCACGAGCUGAAUCUUGACAGGAAUCGGCCUCAUUAUAGUUCUAUCGGUUUUUUGGGAGCCAGUAAAUUGUGUUCUUAUCAACGUUACUUUGCCGCGAGGUUGUUUUACAAUACCAGGGUUAAAUCUUGUGGGCGAAUGAUAAAAUACGGCGUGAUUGAUACAGAAGUAAGUGUUUUUGUUUGAUUUUUAAGUUUUUAGGUAUGGGAACGAAUACUUUAGCUUCUUGUAGAACAUCAAUCUUAUAUUUUAAAUGUUUCAUAGCAAAACAAAGGCUAAUGUAUAUUGUUUUAGGACUUAAAAGAAGACUUGUUAGAAUGGCGUUGGUUAUAUGCUGCGGGUCGUCUUCAUAAGCCCGUAUUAGAUGUAAUAUCUCCACUGAAGAGUUUACAAAAAGCUUUAGAUGAGAAUAGAAGGUCGGCACUUCAAAUAGCUCUGCUGCAACUUGAUGAAUCAUUUACAUUAACAGAAUUGUUGAGGACGAUAACUGCCAUAAGUUAUAAUGGAGACUUUAGAAUGAAGUUUGGCGAAGAUCGAAGUAAGGUAGGUCUGAGUUUUUUAAUUUUUUUUUAGUUUAGGUACGUUUUUUGUUUACGGAUCUGAAGGAAUUAACACUAUUUUUUGUGAAUAAAUCUAAAAUAUGUUACUUUAGAUUAACAAGCUAGUAGAUGGUGCAUUCGAAGAAUUCUGUGAGAUCUAUCUUCCUCUUCUUCAAGCCGAUCCUCGGGUACAAUGUAAAAAAGAAGGCUUCGAACAUGAUUUAAGUACUCCGGCCAUCUACCAUCGGCUUCAGCUGUUGCCAUUUAAUGUUCUUAAAAAACUGUCAGCACAUUAUUAUGCGGGAAGAGAUCCUCGUCGGCGGGAUCUGGAGGAAAUGGUCUUUUCCAUAGCUCAUCGACAUGAUGUAUGUGAACAUGCUGCUUAUGUGACGUCGCAAAUUGUGGCACGAUCAGCGAUACGACAGACUUUAAAGAAUGCUACAACGGCCGGAUUUAGGAAAGGGUUCCUUUAUUCGAUGGAUAAGGUGGGGAAGAUGGUCAAGAGUCUGCGGUGA